GGUGGGGGGUUAAUUGGGAAAGAAGGGUGUUAAAGAGAUAGGAGGAGGGAUAAGAUGUCCUUUGGUGGGGUUUGGAGUAGGGUGAAGCCGUACUUGGCUAUGGUCUUCUUGCAGUUUGGGUUUGCCGGGAUGUACGUGAUCUCGGUGGCAACGCUCAAGCAAGGCAUGAGCCAUUAUGUGCUUGUGGUGUAUCGCAAUGCCAUCGCGACGGCCGUCGUCGCCCCAUUCGCAUUGUGGUUCGAGAACAGGAAAGCCCGGCCGAAGAUGACACUCUCCAACUUUCUCAAGAUAAUGGCUUUAGCACUACUAGAGCCUGUGCUUGACCAAAAUUUCUAUUACAUGGGGGCCAAGAACACGAAUGCAAGCUUCGCAUCUGCCCUUUACAACGUACUUCCUGCUAUGACCUUCGUUAAUGCCGUUAUUCUCAGAAUGGAGAAAAUAGAUAUCAAGAAACGGCAUAGCCAAGCCAAGAUCGCCGGCACUCUGGUGACUCUGGUUGGUGCAUUGCUCAUGAUACUAUACAAAGGACAGGUGGUAGAAUUUAUUUGGACAAAGGGACGCAACCACUACAACAAUAACGCUGGCAGCCAAGAUGAUAGCCACUGGCUUGAGGGCGUGUUCAUGCUAUUAUUUAGCUGCUUCUGUUGGUCUGCUUUCUUUUUACUACAAUCACAUACACUGAAGUCCUAUCCAGCAGAGCUUUCCUUGACCACCUGGAUAUGCUUCAUGGGUGCGGUGCAAAGUGGUGCAGUUGCUCUCGUAAUGGAGCAUGAAGCCAAGCCAUGGUUGAUAGGAUUUGACUUGAGACUCCUAACGGCCGCUUACUCCGGAAUAAUGUGCUCUGGGAUCACAUACUAUAUUCAAGGAAAAGUGAUGAAGGAAAGGGGCCCUGUCUUCGUGACUGCGUUUAACCCUCUAUGCAUGAUAAUAGUAACUAUAAUGGGCUCCAUCAUUUUAGCAGAGGAGAUCACUUUGGGAAGGGUGGUUGGAGCAACUAUCAUAGUAAUUGGUCUCUACUCUCUGAUAUGGGGUAAGAGCAAGGAUCACUUGACCCAAUCCUCAGAUGAUGAUGAGAAGAAAGGGGCGUUCGAGCUGCCGAUUUCUGCGACCGAUGCGAUGAAAUCUAAUUCUGCUGACCAUGGCACUGUUGCAGAGAUUCCAUCCGCAAAGAGUCCUUGAAGAAUUUAGCUCCAUUUUCUAUACGCAACUAGUAGAUUAUGCUGUCACUUUUUUAAUUAUGUAAUCGGGCUUUCAGCUAUUAGUGCUUGCACUUUAUGAAUGAUCGGGGAAUGAAUUGGACUAGAUGCAACUUCUUGUCAAAAAUUUACAGAAAUGUAACAGUUGUGAUGAAGUAUGAUGUGCAAAGCUAAAG